AUCAGCACAGAAUAUCAGGGAGGGAAGGAGGUGUGCUCUUACCUUUUGCCCUUUUGCUCUUGUCACUUGUGGCCACCACAAACCGUUGCCUCUCAUCCACGCCACCCUGCCUUAGAGCCAGCUGAAUAUGCACUGGGACCUCCACAAACUCAGGAGAGUGACCACAGGAGAAGACCUGCAGUGUGGCUGUGACAGAGCAAGGACAGGGUCCCACCUCCCCCUGAGCCUCCUGUGAUGCAGCCCUGGGCCCUGCACUUCAGGCGCCUCCUGCUCUGGCUGUUGCUGCCCUGGCCAGGCGCAGGGCAGUUUCAAGUGAAGGGACCAAGGUUUCCAGUCAUUGCCCGAGUGGGAAAGGCUGCAAUGCUUCCCUGUCAACUCAACCCACCCGUGGAUGCUAGGAAUAUGGUGAUCAGAUGGUACCGGGAACAGCAAUCAGUGCACGAGUACAGGAAUUCUCAGGACCACAUGGAGCAGCAGAGUCUUGAGUACCAAGGGAGGACAGAGCUCUGGAGGGAAAACAUCACCCAAGGCCAGGUGGCCCUGAUGAUCCAUCCCAUCCUCCCUGGAGAUGAAGGACAGUACAGCUGUGUCUUUGUAAGAUCAACACAUCUUAGCCAAGCACAGUUUGAGCUGUUUGUCACAGCCUCAGGUGCACCUCCUCAUAUCCACAUUCAGCCUGCGCAAACUGGGAGCAUCACAUUGACCUGCUCAUCCUCGGGGUGGUACCCAGUCCCUGAGCUCCAGUGGAGGGACCCACAGGGAUGGCCUCUGUCACCUGACUCUGUGAUGAUGUCUGCACUAGAAGAUGGCCUGAUCCACGUGGAAAGCUCUGUCACAGUGAAGGAAAGCUCAAGAACACCUGUGUCCUGUUGGAUCCAGAACCCUGUGCUCAAAGAGGAGAAGGAGGCGGGUCUCUCAGUGGCAGAGGCCUUGUUCCCCCGAGUCAACACCUCGACAGUGGCACUGGCUGUGCUCUUGGUCCUCACCUUGAUGAUCACUGCUAUUCCCCUCCUGAGAUGCAGAAGAGCCCAAGAAGACAUAAUUCUGGAUGAAGACAGAGCUCACCCUCUGCUGCCAGGGUCAGAUGGUGAGAAACACAUUCAGGGUUUGUUAGGCGACCAAGCUGUUCCUAAAUACCGUAGAAGAUACGCUUCUCUCCAAGUUGUGCCAGAUGAAGCUGAUCUCCUUAGAGCACACCUGAAGACCUUUCUGCAGGACUCGUCCCCAUGGACCAAAAGACACAGCACCCCAGCCGUGAAGUUGUAGAGGAAAAAUAAGUAAAAUUCCCGUUAUUUGAUCAUUUCCACUGCCCACCCCGUACCCCAGCGUCCCCAUACUUUCAUCCUUGUCAGGUUUGAGAAAUGCAACAUCUUCUUCUUCUCUGUGACUUGAGCAUGAGAUUCUGAAGAGCUGGCUGCUUCUCUCAGUAGAUCAGGCCACGUGUUUCUCACCAAGCUUUAGAGCAGAGGAGCAGGGUUUCUCUCCCUUGGCUUCCUGAUGGUAAUGUCAGAUGUUCUUGUCUUCCUGACCACGUCUGAGCUGAAAUCUGCACUGUGAUCUCUUCGGUGUGGGACAGCACAGUGACAAUGAAUCUCAUUUACAUAGGAAAAGUGUCCUAUACAGCCACUGCCCCUUCAGUUUGCUCACCCUUCACUUCCAUGUGUAAUUUUUUAACUGACCAAAUGUAUCUUUAUGGGCUCCUCUUUGGGUUCAUCCUCCCUUAUCCCGUCAGCAUCCUGUACAGGACAGGCACUGCUCACAUGGGACCAGCUGUACAGGGAUGACAGGGAAAGCUCGUUGAGGAAUAAAUCCAUAUUUGUAAUUACCUUUCACUUCUCUACCAAGUCUAUUAAUAUUACUUUCAUCAUGAUUGUAAGACUGAAAUGUAUUAUUUCAUACCAUGUCAUCACAUUGGAAAGGUCUGUUCUUUUUAAUGGAAACACUAAAUUCAGUUUAUUAUAUUGGAAAGGUUGUUACAAGCAAUUAUAAUACAAAUAUCAAGUUUAA